CCCCCAGCACGAGCGGCGGCAGAGUCGAAUCGGAUGGAAGGAAGGCAGCCAGGCAGGCCCCGCUGGCCGACUGACCGUCCUCGACGUCUGUUAUACCUUUACUCCGGUCUGCGCGUUCUUCAGGAACGUACGUGCCGUUCUCCCUAACCGCGCGAUUUCGCCUCCUCGCCAAAAGGCAGACGUCAACCGUGACCGACCCGGUGCAACGUGCAUUCUCUUUGCUCUUGAAUCUCAGCGCGCGCUGGUUCGCCAGGAAAUUCUCGUACUCGCACCGAGCGUCGUUCGUCGCGCGACAGAGGAAUUCAGUUUUUCUUUUUGAACAAAAAAAAAAAAAAAUAUAAUAAUCAGUCAGGUGAACGAUAACACGUACAGUGACAAUGGCCCAGCUGAUCAGCGUCAAGCUCUCCAGGUUCGACGGAUCCCCGUGGGGCUUCCGUCUUCAGGGUGGCAAGGACUUUGGCACACCCCUCGUCGUGCAGAAGGUUAAUAGCGGCUCACCGGCGGAAGCAGCUGGCCUGAAGGCCGGCGAUGCAGUUAUCAGGGUGAACAACACCGACAUGUACAACCUGAGGCACAAAGACGCGCAGGAUGUCAUCGUCAGGGCUGGAAACAAUUUCGAGCUGACCAUACAGAGAGGCGGCGGUACCUGGAAGCCACACGUGUCUCCGUUGAAUUCGACCCUCCCGUCGCCGUCGCCCACCGCCACGAUCGGUAACAUUGCUCCAGUUACGAAGACAUCCUUGGCAGCCAAGAAACAAGACGGAUCGCACAUCGGAAGCGGCCACAACUUCAGUCCAAAGCCAUUCCCGAACGGGACCAGCGACGGUUCGAUCAAGUCCAUCGUGAACAAACAGUACAACAGCCCUGUGGGCAUCUACAGCGAGGAGACCAUCGCGGAGACCCUUUCCGCGCAGGCGGAAGUCCUGGCCGGAGGUGUACUCGGGGUGAACUUCAAAAAGAACGAGAAGAACUACAACGCCGAGAACAGCGAGGUGUUCAAGAUGGUCCAGGAAGCGGACAAAGAACCAAAGACACCGGAGCCUGUUCCUUCGAGAACAGAGUUUUACUCGUCGGUGAGCCACGCCGUUGGCGGGAGGGCCACCUCGCCGAGAUCACCCACGCCUCUAUUUCAUGCUCUCCACGGCGUUGGUCCGGCCUUCAAUUCCAAUGAAUGCUCGUCGAAACGUCUGCCGCAACGACAGGAGUCCUCGUCUCCCUCUUGGGGCCCGUCUACCGUCGUUUGUAGCAACUGCGACCGAGCGAUCGUGGGUGUCUUCGCCAGGAUCAAGGACAAGAAUCUUCACGUGGAGUGCUUCAAAUGCUCUACAUGCGGCACCUCCCUCAAGAACGUCGGCUAUUACAAUAUCAACAACAAACUAUACUGCGACAUUCACGCGAAAUUGGUCGCCAGGCAAAACGCACCAGCUGGCCUUGUUCCAAUCACCGUGCCACCAGGCGGAAAGGCACCGGCUAAUACCAUUUCCGCUGCACUCGCGAAUGCACCGUUGUCUCCACCCCUGAGCAAUCACGCAUCGUCGCCUCUACCGUUCUCUGCUUGCAAUCGUACGAGUCCCGAUUACGGAUCCCCGAAUCUUCAGCUGUCGACGUUGAAUAGGAACGGAUGCAUCACGAACGGCGAGUGCCACUGGGAAUCGAAAACCUUCACGAGCUCGAUCACCAUACAGACGGGUUGCACAGAGCCCACCCGCCUUGGCACAUCGCCCGUCGAUCCACCCAGUUUCCGAUCAGUCCAGGCGCCAACGUCCAACAAUCUAAUUGGUCCCAAGCCUUUUGGAGGAUCGAGCAAUCUGUCAUCGAACCUGUCGUCGCCUCCACUGGUGAACUCAGGGAACAACGCUCUACCGCGACCCCAGAGUCAAACUGUGACUGAAAACACGACGGAAACCCACGAAAAGUCCUAUUAUUACGAGCUGGUCGAGGAGACCAAGACAGAGUCCCGACCGAGUUCCGUGAAAUCGAAGAGCCUGAAUUGGCCACCGCAAAAACCGAUCGAGGACGUCACGUACCCGACCGCUAGUCCCUUGUACAUCGACCCGAAUCCCGCCCUCGACAGGUGCAACAAGCAGGCGGUCAAAGAGAAGAAGGCCUGCAUCGAGGCCUGCGAGAGGGCGUUGACGAGAAAGAGGUGCGAGAGCGCCGAUCUCGAGGUAGAAAGAGUCACCGGGCAGUAUUAUCGGUUCGACGAGGACCCGAUGGACCGCGUCAGUUGUCCGGGUCCCGUGUACAGAAAGGUCGAGCUGGUGGAGUGCGGCAGACAGUCGAGGAGCGAGAUCACCUCGAGGCCCAGCUCCACCGACAGCGUGAAGAGGUCGCUGACGCCCACCAGGAUCGCCCAGCCUGUACCGAAACCAUGGACGGCCACCGUCUCGACGGGCAACAGCCUCUACGAGCAGAGCUACGGGGGCACGGAGCCGCCUAAGGUCUGCAAGAAGUUCCACUCGAAGGAGAUCUGUCAGCGGGAACGGAUAUGCGAGAGGAACCAACCGUUCCGGGAGGAGCAUCGCUCGUACCAGUCGACGGUCUGUCGACGGGAGCAAACGAUUUGCGACAAGCCUCCUCUGCCUGUUCAGCACACGGUCAAACAGGAAGAGACGAGGGAAGAGGUGACGGAGAUCGACAAAGAGGUGACCGACUUGAGACCGGCGGACGAGAUCGACGACGAAGAUGGUAAAGGGAUCGGAGGGGAGCACGAUUUCGUCACGGAGACCACGGAGGAGGACGUGGACGGGAUGCACGUGAAGAAGAAGAUGACGUUCGAGAAGACCGUGGAGAAGCUUCCGUCACCGGCGCGACCUAGCACGCCCAUGGUCACGGAGGAGACCACCGAGGAGUGUUACACCAGGACGUCGUCGAAACACAUCGACAGAGAGGUUCAGGAAACGGAGGAGAAGACCGUGGUGGAGUCCGCGGAGGUGGUUACGUCGGCGGUGGACGUUCAGCAGAUGCUGGAGCAGGCCAAGCGGGACGAGGAGGAACAGAAACGCGAGCAAGAAGCGGAAGAGAAGAGGAAGCAAGAGGAGGAAGAGAGGAAGAGACGCGAGGAAGAGGAGCAGAGGAGAAGACGAGCGGAGGAGGAGCAAAGACGACGGGAAGAGGAGGAAGAGAACAGCAGACGCGAGACCUUCGAGGAGGAGGUGGUCGAGGAGGUUCGGGAGCAACCGCUGGGAAGAACGGUGGUCCGCGAGGAAAGGAUGACGGAAGAGGAGGGCGACACGCCCGGCAGCAAGAAGCUCAUCAAAGAGACCUACGAGGAGAUCACGGAGGAAGUGUUGGUCCAGGAACGCGUGAGGAAGCUGGACAUCGAGGACGAGCGUAGAAAGAGCCUGCGUGAGCAGGUGGAGGUCCAUCAGAGCCUCAGGGAACAGCAGGCGCCCAAGGAGCGACGCGUCUGCUCCAAGUAUCCACCGGCCCAAGAGAUCAUGGAGACCAACAAGAAACACGUGCAGUUCGUCAAGCAGACGGACAGCGGACCGAAACCGAUACCCCACUCGGCGAUUCAGAACUCCACCCCCAAGGAGUGGAAGUCGGAGAUGGUGAAUGCUCUGACGACCGCGCCGGACCGACCAUUCACCCCAGGCGGCACCACCACGUCGACCAGCGUCAAGGAGGUCUACACGGAGGAGACUAUAUACUUGGACCACAGAUGUCGACCGAAACCGCCCCCGCAGGACAUUCGUCCGAUCUCGCCGUUCCAGCAGGCCCUGAUGAUCGCCCCUGAGCGUCCCUACACGCCGCUCAGCCGCGAGAUCGGCCCCGAGGACCAGAAGAUCGCCAGUCGUUCCGGUACCCCGGCGAUCCAAGGGGAGAGGAUAUGUCCACCGGCCGACAUACUCUUCGGAGAAGUGAAACGGCCGCCACCCUCGCCUAAACCGUGCGGGCCUCGGCCUCUGCCGACCCCGCCGCCCGAUUAUCGACUCAGAGACCGCUCCGCCUCGCCCUCGCGAUCCAGACCCCAAACGCCAAGCAGCAAAUGCAUCACGGCCAGCCUAAAGAAGCCCGACACCAUCCCGUCGUACCAGAAGAACCUGGUGGCCAUGAGAAGAGGCGCCGUCGAGAGUCACACGUACCAACCUGGUAGCAGGACCCCAACACCCACACCAGGAAGAUCCAAAUCGCCCGCCCAAGGACCGCCAGAGCCUCCCUGCUGUUACGUGAAGGCCCACGCGCCCAGGAUCCGCGACGAUCCACCACCCAGACGCAGCGGCGUCCACUUCCCCACCAAGAAGAGCGUCUCGUACAAGGUGGACGAGGACACCGACGACGGACACCGACACGCCGAGUACGCCGCCACCAAGACUGUGGACUUCGACGAGAAGCAGACCGACGAUCCGGGCCGCGGGCCCACGGACGCCGUUCACGCCCAGUAUCAGGAGAAACGGUUGAUGACCAGCGAGGAGACGCAACAGAGGAAGCAGACCGUGUGCAAGAAGUCGCUCGAGGUGGUCGAGGACUUCGAGAGGUGCGAGAGAAGGGUGCCGACGAGACCACUGCCGGAACCGCGCGAGAGACCCAGGACCCAGGAACACAAGAGCGUGUGCGCGAUCACCAAGACCAGCCCCUCGAAACCGACGCUCUCCUGUCCCAUGACUGACUCAGCCCCACAACCGGUCUACAGCAGCUCCACGGAGGUGCGUCACGUCAGCUACGGAACGUCCACCCCCGCCAAGACCUGCCCAGACACCGGCGUGACGGUGAUGCCCUGCAAGGCAGUCUCCGACCAGGGCACCAAAGCUGGCGUGGUCGUGGUGCCCUGCGAGGGACCGAACACCUGCUGCCAGAAAUCAGGCGUUUGCGUGAUGCCCACCCCCGAUCGGUCCGGUGUCUGCGUCUCACCAUGUUUCGGCGCCAAGACGACGGGCGUCUGCGGUCAACCGUCGGGACGCUGUGGUCGCGAGUCCGCCUGCGACCUAGACGUACCCAACUGCCCGAUGUCCGGGAUCUGCGUGUCGCCGUGCGACGAUGGUUCCGUCUGCGUGGCACCGUGCAACAAACCGGGCCAAAAGGGACUUCCCUUCCCUCAAAUCCCUUUCCCCUUCAACGAUCCGUCUCCCCCUGCUCCUGCGCCCGCCCCUCAGAACAGAAGCUCCUUCGAGCCCAUCCACAAGCCUCGCACUAACCUGAGUGGGCAGCUCGCGCGACUGACCGCCAAAACAGGCCACAGCAACACCCCCACCGUUCAAUUGUACAAACCCCAGGCUCAAAGUCAGACGCAGAGCUGCUGCGAGUCCAGUAGCUACUGCUGCAAGACCCAAAGUUACUGUUCCUCCAAAACCCGCUGCCAGUCGGGCGGUCAAUGUUCGAUCAACACCCGCUGUCAAUCCGGGAAUCGAUGUGAGACCCAGAAUAACUGCCAGGACGGUAUCCACUGUUCCCCCUCUAGAAAUACCCAGAGUUUAGUAGACCCACCAAAUUUGUCAUCCCACCCGGAUCUAGGUACCGGAGUCGGUGGCCUCGGUGGUGCCGGUUCCAAGAGCGGAACAUUCGCUGGCAGCAGCGCGCCGAAACGCGGACGGGGCGUCCUCAAUCAAGCUGGUGGACCGGGAUCGCGAUUGCCCCUCUGCGCUCAUUGCAACUCUUACGUCAGGGGGCCGUUUAUCACCGCCCUGGGGCAAAUUUGGUGCCCUGACCACUUCGUUUGCGUCAACACCCAAUGUCGUCGACCGCUACAGGACAUUGGAUUCGUGGAAGAGAAAGGACAGCUGUAUUGCGAGUACUGUUUCGAACGUUUCAUCGCGCCAUGCUGCAACAAAUGCAACAACAAGAUCAAAGGAGAUUGUUUGAACGCAAUUGGAAAGCAUUUCCACCCUGAAUGCUUCAAAUGUACAUAUUGCGGCAAGCUCUUUGGAAACAGUCCUUUCUUCCUCGAAGAGGGAUUGCCCUACUGUGAAGCUGAUUGGAACGAGCUGUUCACGACCAAGUGUUUCGCGUGCGGAUUCCCAGUCGAAGCUGGAGAUCGUUGGGUAGAGGCCCUGAACAAUAAUUACCACAGUCAAUGUUUCAACUGCACGAUGUGCAAGAAGAACCUCGAGGGUCAGAGUUUCUACGCGAAAGGAGGACGUCCGUUCUGCAAAAAUCAUGCGCGUUAACGCCCCGACGCUUGUUGCCCUAACGCACGAAAGGAAAGGGAAAACUGGGUAUUGGGAGGGGGGAAUUACAGAAAAAUAGGAAAAAAAACGGACAAAAAAUUGCGGAUAAGACGCGUAUAUUAGCUUUACGAGCACGAAUUCUUUCUGCACGAAUUGUACUUUACCGUGAUUAUUUCUUGUUCUUCUUGUAUCGUUACGGUCGACGACGACGUUACAGAACUAACACAGCAGCCGCGAGAGCCGCUAAAUUCUUAUCGAUAGGACGAUCGACGAACGUAUUUAUUACGAACGAAUACGCCAACGGAAUACGAACAGACUUUAUCGAUUUAAUCGUACUUUAUCCGAUUAUCCAAAUGCCAUCCUCCAAGUCGACGCCGCGACGGUGUCCUUCGUAGCUCGAGGAUCGCGGUUUCAGGACGAGCACAAUUAAAUUUAAUUAUAAUUUCGAGAAAUUAAUAGGUAGUUCAGAAACGAAUGGAGGAUUUUAAAUAAUUGUAACUCGAUCGAGACUUGGCGUUACUCUAAGAUCCUGGAGUCGAUAAAUUCCUUAAAGGUAUUCUCGAUAGCAUUAGGAAUUCAAUUUUCCAAGUGUUUAACCCCUUCUGUGUUGAAUUACUUACGUUAUGUUUUAGUUGAACGAAAAAAAAAAAAUGAUACUUUAACUGAAAAUAUUAGUGCAGUAGGACCACGAAACAUAUUUAUGAAAACGAAUGUAUUGGAAACUGAUUGGAAAAUACAAACAUUAUGUAAUAUUAUAUGGCAUCAUUGAGAGAAUGUUAUAAGAAAUCAAGAGAUUCAGAACUUGGAUGAAAAUUGUAGAUACUUUCUUAAUAAAUUAAUUUUAAUCUUAUUUGUAAAAUAAAAUGCAAUAUAUACUUUUAAGUUCUCGAUAUGUAUAUACACCGAUGCAAAUUAUUUCACUGACACAUUGUUUUGCAACUGUUAUAAUAACGUGACCAAUGAUUCGUCGUAAGUAGAAACAAUUUAAGUAGUCAAAUGUCAUUGUUUCAUCGAAUCUUCGCGCAUACAUCUAAGAAGAUCAACCGAACAUGAUGAUAUACCAUAUAUAGCAAUUAUAAAAGAAAUUAAAAUUUACUAAUGAAUUUAUAUAUUUAUUACCGAAUGUUAAUCCAUCGGAAACCUCUGUUCCGUCGAAUCGAUAGAUCAAUAGGGGAAAGAAUUCUAACAGAAAACGUUCGUCGAAAUUAUUCAUUCCGAGUUUGCAACGUAAAGUACAAUUUAUUACUGAGAAACCUUUGCCAAUCUUUAUGGCAUAAAUAUUGGCAAACGCGUACUAUUCGGGAAACCGCCAUUUAUUUCUGAACUACCUAAUCAUCUUCGAAGGUAUCGAAUCGACUCUCUGCACUUGAAAAGCAACUCUCGAUCGUCAUUUGAUAUAUUUUUAUAAUCUUCUUCGCUCUGUUGUGCAUCGAUUGAUUCAUUAAUGGUAAAGGAAUUGAUUGACUUUCCCUGAUCCAGGAAUCAGCUCGAGGCUCGAACGUUCCGUCUUUUAAAAUACAAAAGUACGUUUUCACGCUCGAGUCUCGAGCUCGGUUUCUCGAAUUGCAUCGAAUCGACGGCCGUGAGUUGCUCGAGCGCAACGAAGAGUUGAAAUUUCAAGAACUCCUCGCAAAGGUCGUUACGAUGUCGAUGUUUACCGUGGUGUCGACAUUCCACGGUUAAUUGGCGGAUCGAGCGACCAUAAAAUAUCGUCCGGGGGGGGGGGGCCAGAGGACCCUGUCAAAUGGCGUUUCCAUGUGACGAUGCGCCUCGAAUGCCUCGUAAAAUUCUGCAACGAUACGACGAACGAGCGUCUCCCCGGGUCGGAUCACGCAAAGGUCAUCCAAGCAAUUAGUAUUACCAACAUUAUCACAUAUUUCGUGCUCCCCAAGGUGCAUCCGGCGCGUCGUCACGAUAAUGUCGACCCCCUUCGCCCGGGGGAUUCGCGAAGAUCGGACGAGGAGACGUCUUGGUGCUCGAUUCCCGGUAAAACGAUGUUCAAAAAGAUACGAGAGACUUUGGUGAAUUCGAAUCCGACUGGUCAUCGAUGCGUGCAUACGUAUAAUCGAUCCGCGGUCGUCGAUCGACGUCGGAUCAUCGAUCAACGAACGUUCGUCGGGGACACUUGUUAACUUGAUCGAUUCUUGGAGCGGAGUUCGAAUCCUCGUGCAUGCGAAUCUCGUCGUAAAUCAACCGAGGGAACCGUUCGUUUCCGAGACAGCAGGGAUCAACUUCCAUCUGUCGUUUAAUCGUCCGACCGUUUUCCACCCAAGGUUCUCAGGACACGCGAGAAGAUACGACGGAGGGAGAAAAAUCGGCUUCGAGGAUCGAGGAACUUGCACUUGAUAGCGGUUGUCGUAUAAUUUUUUUUAGACAAGGUUACCGAUUUCUGUGCCAUCUUCGCGGGCUCGUGUCAGACAGUAGCUGCGGCCGAACAUGCCGGCGAAUCGAAGGACAUUAUCGAUAUAGACGUUACAGAAUUUUAGCAAAUAAGAAACCGUGUUGAAAAUCACCAUCGGUCUCCGUUAACCGAGCACGAAACGGCGCAAUUUGUGAUUAUUGUUAAUUUAGGUCGACUGCUGGCUGAGUACCGCACGAGCCUCCUGUAUCCGUGUUACGUGUUGCUUACAAUAAAAUAAAAUGUUCAUGUAA